UGACAAUGAUUACUACAUCUUGGUAUGCCAUAAAAGGUUUCCUUGAAGCUGCAUCCCUAGCAUCAGUUUUCUUCACCCUGAUGCCACUGAUUGUUGGUGGUUUUUUGAUGUACUAGGCGCCUUAUUGGCCAGUAAGAAAGGUACCUGGUCCUCCAACAAUUCCACUUUUGGGGCACAUUCAUUUACUUUCUAGAUAUGGUCCUGAUGUUUUCUCCGUACUUGCCAAACAGUAUGGUCCGGUUUUUAGGUUUCACAUGGGUAGGCAACCGUUGAUAAUUGUGGCCGAUGCGGAAUUAUGCAAAGAAGUUGGUAUAAAGAAAUGCUAAGAUAUCCCGAAUCGAAGCGUUCCUGCUCCUAUCCUUGGACACCCAAUACAUCAAAGGGGUCUUAUGUUCUCAAACGGUACACAGUGGCCCACAAUGAGAAACACCAUACUUUCAGUAUAUCAACCUUCGCAUUUGUCAAGCCUUAUACCCACGAUGCAAUCUAUAAUUGAAUCUGCGACUGAGAAUCUCCCUACCUGGUCUGAAGAUCAAAAUGAAGAAGGAGAAGAGGACUUUAUUUUCUCUGAGCUCACUCUAAAAAUUGCUUCUGAAGUCAUCGGUAAAGCCUCAUUCGGGUUCGAUUUUGGUCUUAUAAAGAAACCCUCGUCCGAGGUUUCUCUAAAUGAGGAAGACACUAUAGCCAAAGAUUUUGUCAAGCAACAUAUAUAUUCCACUACUAAACUUAAGAUGGAUCUUAAAGGUUCAUUCUCAGUCAUACUUGGAGUAAUAUGUCCUAUACUUCAACAACCAUUUCAACGAAUAUGGGAAAGAAUUCCAGGAAAAAUAGACUGGAAAGUAAACAGAUCGAAUCACAAUUUAUCAAGCAAACUCGACCAGAUAGUUGAGAAACGAGCAAAAAAUAAAGAUAGAGGAACAAAAGACUUCUUAUCGCUCGUAUUAAAUGCAAGAGAAUCGGAUCACGAAAGGCUGCACAAAUUUUUUACUCCCGACUAUGUAAGUGCACUUGCUUAUGAGCAAUUGCUAUCUGGAGCUGCGACAACAUCAUUUACCUUAUCCACGAUACUUUAUCUAGUAGCUGAUCAUCCUGAAGUAGAGAAGAAAUUGCUCAAGGAAAUAGAUGGCUUUGGUGAACAUGAUUUGAUACCAACAGCUCAUGAUCUUCAGCAUAAAUUUCCUUAUCUUGAUCAGGUAUUGAGAGAAGCUAUGAGGUACUACCCAACAUCCCCAUUGAUUGCAAGAGAAGCAGUAAAAGAUGUAGAAAUUGGAGGCUAUGCCCUUCCAAAGGGUACAUGGAUAUGGAUGGCAGUAGGGGUCCUAGCCCAGGACCCUAAGAACUUUCCAGAACCGAACAAGUUUAGGCCAGAAAGGUAUGAUCCUACUUGUGAGGAAGAAAAGCAAAGACAUCCUUACGCUUUCCUUCCUUUUGGAAUUGGACCUCGGCAAUGUCUUGGAAUAAAAUUUACCACGCAAGAGAUGAAGCUCACGUUAAUUCAUCUAUAUCGAAGAUACAAAUUCCAGCAUUCCCCAAAGAUGGAAAGACCUUUAGCUCUUGAUUAUGGCAUCAUUUACAACUUUAAGUAUGGCGUCAAGCUGAGAGUCAUUAAAAGAUCAACCUAGUUGUUGAAAAUUGGUUGUUCUAUAUAGUUUGAGAUUGUGAUAACACAAAGCAUAAUAUUUAUUUUAUGCCAAGUACGUCCGAGUGAAAUUUAGUAAGGUUCUCUAUAUGUGAUUAAAA